UGUUAGCAUGUGCAAUUUGUGAAAUACAUUCAUAGUGUUUGGAUUUAGAAGAUAUUAUCCGGAUACUUUAACUUAUCUCAAGUUUUCACUGAUGGCUUACAGGCUGAUCCUGUUUGGGUUCACAGGCGCCCUGCUCAGUGUUGCCUGUGCCCAAAGCCGUCAGUACUACUUUGUGAACACUUCACUUAAUUGGACAGAAGCUCAGAGAGUCUGCAGACGGGACUACACUGAUCUGGCCACCAUUGAAAGCACAGCUGAUGUUGAUGAUUUUUUAAGUACCAGCUCCAAUACUACAGGCAAGGCAUGGAUAGGUCUCUAUGAAGACAAUUUAAACACCUGGAAAUGGUCCCUAAAUGACAGCAGCUUCUAUGGUCCUGGAGAAUAUUCAUUUAGGAACUGGGCACCUAACGAACCCAACGAUUAUGAAGGACAACAGCGCUGUGUUCAGAUUUAUAGCUCUUCUAAUAGUCGAGGCCAAUGGGAUGACAAUUGGUGCAAAGUAACAUUGCAUUUUGUGUGCUACAAUGGUACAGUAGGUGGAUCACCAUCCUAUGUUUUGAGUACCAUUUCACUAAACUGGACAGAAGCUCAGAAAUUCUGCCGUGCCAAUUAUGUUGAUCUGGCCAGUGUACGAAAUCAGACAGAAAAAGAAAUGAUCAAAAAUCUAAUAGGUGCCAGCAAUGUUUGGAUUGGACUGUAUCGGGAAGACCUGUGGUCUGAUGGAAGCACCUCUCUGUUUCGAAACUGGGCGGCUGGCGAACCCAAUGAGCCCUCUGGUGAUCAGUGUGUUGCUGGAUCAUUUAGUGACUCUGGAAGAUGGUCGGAUGAAAGUUGCAGCCUGAGUUUGCCAUUUGUCUGCUACAAACCAAUCCCACCAAAUGCAGAAGGCUUUACAGCUUCAGCACAAAAUGAGAGCAGCAUCACUCUGCAGUGGAAUAAAAUCAACAUCAACACCAGCUUUGUUCUCCAGUUUGAUGGUGUGGAGACAUUCAUCAGUGCACCAGAUGGAGAUGGACCAGUGACUCACAUAGUCUCUUUUCUCACUCCUGGAACAAACUAUACAUUCACUCUCUUCUCUGUUCUUGACAACGUCAGGAGCAGUGGAGUCAGUAUUACUGCAGCUACUGCUUCUUGUACCGGCUGUCGAUGUUGUGCUUCAGGCACAGACUGCAUCACCACCAAUGGAGUUAUUGAAUGUCGUGACCCCUGUGACACCUACACUGUACUGAACGAUACAUGGCGUUCAACAGAGAAUAGAGACAAUUCAAUCUUACACUGUGACCGGUCCAUGUCCUGGAGUGGUUGGAAUCGCUUUUAUUUGGGUCAGACCAACGCCCAGAUACCAGAGAAAUGUGUGGCAGUAAACAGAUGUGGAACUCAUGCUCCUUUGUGGAUAAACGGGACUCAUCCAGUCCAGCUUAAUGAAAUCGUAACCCGCACUGUGUGUAACGCUUGGUCGGGUUCCUGCUGCUAUUUUACCUCACACACCAUCCAGAUCAAACUUUGUUAUGGAUUCUACGUCUACAAACUUCAACAGCCAUCUGCAUGUUGGCUGGCAUAUUGUGCAGAACCUCAACCCUUCAGAGUAUUGACACAAGAUGAGAGCAGCAUCACUCUACAGUGGAAUAAAGGAGACAACACCACCAGCUUUGUUCUCCAGUUUAAUGGCACAGAGACAAACAUCAGAGCACCAGAUGGAGAUGGACCAGUAACUUACACAGUCACAUCUCUGACUGCUGGAACUAGAUACACAUUCACUCUCUUCUCUGUGUUUGAGAACGUCAGAAGCAGUGGAGUACAACUUACUGCUGUCACUGGUAUGAAUAUAAAGUACAUUCAUUUAUUUAUUAACAACCAAGAAAAACAAUUUUUCCUCCAAAAUCUUCUAAAUCAGAUUGAACCAUCAAUGAUCCAAACCUGCAAACGUCACACUUAAAAAUAAACCCAAACCUCAAAUUUAUGGGAAAACAUACUUUACCCUGAGAUCA